AUGUCUACAUCGGAGGACGCUCACAACAGGCUCGACGACGCCUCUAAUCAUUCUUCACAUAGCCGACCGUCAUUAGCCACGAUCGAUGAAGCCCACAAGGGACUGAGGAGACAGGAAGCUCCACAUAGUCUUCGUGCCGCUGACGAGGCAGCAGUUGAUAUCGUAUCGGUUCAUACAGAGGAAUCCGACACCAAGCAAGAGGAUGGUUCUUUCAGCACAUACCAGUUGCAAUUAGAGAAGCUGUGCCACAGUCUUUGGCCUGCUCUACCGAAGGAAGCCAUUGAAUUCGAACCAAUCGAGGGCAGCGACUGGAGCCAUGUUAUUGGCGUAACCAUCAAAAUACCUACGCCUAGAGAUCGCGGCCGACGAGCGCUGCAGAAGGUCAGACGCGCCCUGAAAUCCAAAGAUAGGAUUGUGGAUACAGAGGAGCAGCACUACGUGCUUCGAGUACCUCGUUCCAAAAGCGUCUGGAUAGAGCAUGAAGUCGCAACAGUUAACUACGUGCGACAGUACACCAACGUACCGGCACCGGGGAUUGUUGAGUUCGACUGUACGAAGGACGAUGCUCUGGGGAAGCAGUUCGUCUUACAGCGCCGGACCGCCGGAAAGACCCUGCUCUCUGUAUUCCCAACCCUAAACCACCAACAAAAAGCGUCGGUAGCAAAAGCUUUUGGCCAGGUUCUGCUGGCCAUGCAGGUGGACUCGCACCUAUCUGCGGGCUUGUUGAGUCUGAAUCUAAAGCUUGCGGAAGAGGACUCUGACACGGAGCUGGUCCAGUUCCCAGUCUCCGAUCGCAUACCGUCCAGCCAUCAUCUUAGUCCGCCAACAGAGCCGUCCCACCCCCAGAGCACCCUUGACUUUCUGCUGAUGCAGCUGAAGCGGUGGUCGGCUCUCAGAGAUCAUACUGAGCUAGAGUGGGAUCGGAUGCAGGCGAUGGCGUGGCAAAUGGCCUUGCAGGAUCUCUUCGACGACGACCGUUACUACUUAUGCCUCCUCGCCCUAGAGCCUCGAAACAUCCUCGUCACAAUCAGGGAUGAGGCGACGGUUACUUUUGAAGCAAUCCUCGGUUGGGGCAAUGCUAUAUUUGCGCCUAAAUUUAUGGCAUGCGCACCGCCCACCUGGCUAUGGAAUUGUGAUGACAACGGCAAGAACGCCGACGAUAGCAGCGAGCCAGAUGAUGUCGCACAAGAGGUCAAACACGCUUUUGAGAAGGUAGUUGGUAAGGACUACCUCCGCUAUGCGUACAAGCCAGAGUAUAGGCUGGCGAGGAAGCUGUGUGAUUUCGCAAUCCACGGUAUGGAGUCAAGACAGGAAGAAGUGCACGAGAUGCUGACCGGAUGGGAGGUCCUGCGAAGAGUGAAACUACGAGAAGAUAUGAAGCGGACACGGCAUAAGCUACAAGGCCGGAGUUGA